AUGGAGCUGUUUCCUCUGCCCUCGAGCUCCGCGUCUCCGUCGGCUGAAGCAUCGCUCUUUCUCUCUGUUCCUCCAAUCAAAAUACUCCAACCCCAGGAGAUAAAUUCCGCUCGUUGGUCAAUAAGCCGGCGACGUAUCUGCGACGUUUUCGAGGAUAAUCUUUCUCGAGCUUAUUCACUAGACCAGGGGGUAGAUCCACGCAAUGAGCGUUCUGACCUACGAUUUAGGUCCAAAAUUACUAAAUGUACUAUCAAGGUUACUGAUUACUCGGAGAACGAUUGCCAAACGACUCGGUAUAGUAAUGAGGGAUUAAUAGCUUUGCUAAAGCGAAGCGAUUUCCAGAGCCCCCAGAAGGGCCAUGUACGCUGGAUCAACGUGGCUGGGAUCUCGUGGGACGUCGUCAAACAACUCGCCCUCCAGCUCAACCUCCACCCUUUGUCGGUCGAGGAUGUGAUGACGGAUACUCAAGACAAAUCAUUCAAAAUCGACUAUUAUCAACAACAUUUGUUUGCCCAACUCACAAGCUUCACAAUAGCUCGCACUCUGGACGUUGAUCCAGCGCGACUUUUCGUAUUUAUACUAAAGGAUGGAACUCUCGUCACUAUUCACCAAUCCGAUACCCUCUACGGCUCAGAAUUGACCGAACGCCUCAAAAAUCCAGCAGCGUUAAUGCGGAUAGUAGCAGAUCCGUCGAUGCUUUUCCACGGCCAUUUAGACCUAAUCGGUGACCAUUUGCUGACUAUCGUUGACGAGUAUCAGCGUAUGAUACUAGAACUCGAGAGAAGCAUCCUACUUAAACCUACAUUAGUAGCAGUGCAAUCUUUGCACCUCAUUUUGGGCGAUAUUAGGUUAUUACAUAUGGCGAUUAAACCUCUCGAAAGAAUCAUCUACCGUCUUAGGAGGUACGACCGGGACAGGUACAAGGCGGUUGCAUCUCCGGGAAACUAUUAG